AUGUCUUCAUUUGAGGCCCAGGGCCAGUCUCCUCCUAGGUGUGGCCCACAGUUCCCAAGCCUGGGCCAGGAGCCUCCCGAGCUCAGCAUGUACAGCGACUGCUAUUACCCUCCUCCCUCCCUGCCGAGUCCUCAGCGCACCACGCCGACCUCCUACGACCUGAGCGACUACACCACCUCCUCUCCAAACCCUUACCUCUGGUUCAAUGGCUCUGGCCUCAACACAUCACCGUACCUGGCCACCACCGGCCCGCCUGGCAACCCCGGCCCGCCCUUUGUCCCUCAGCACUACGGCAUACAGAGGCCUUACCUAGGUCCUACUGGGUCCGGGGGUCCGGGAGGGGAGCUGAGCUGGUUCUCUCUGCCCUCACAAGAAGACUUGAUGAAGCUGGUCAGGCCACCGUAUUCCUACUCCGCUCUCAUCGCCAUGGCUAUCCAUGGAGCACCAGACAGGAGACUGACCUUGAGUCAGAUUUACCAGUAUGUCGCUGACAACUUCCCUUUCUAUAAUAAGAGUAAAGCAGGCUGGCAGAACUCCAUCAGACACAACCUGUCGCUCAAUGACUGCUUCAAAAAAGUACCAAGAGAUGAGGAUGAUCCAGGCAAGGGUAACUACUGGACGCUUGACCCAAAUUGUGAAAAGAUGUUUGACAAUGGAAACUUCCGCCGCAAAAGGAAGAGGAAGUCUGAUUCUGUCCUUGCUGGUGAUGGCGGUCCGGGGGCUCCAGAGUCAGGUGACAGCGAGAGGGGCAGCCCCAAACACUCUGCCUCCCUUAACAUCUCCCCCACAGCGGACAGGAUCCCCUCCCCUUCGCCGUCAGGUCCCGCACCUUGUCUAAGCAGCUUCUUAUCUGAGAUGUCUGGAGUGACAGCCGGGGCAGCUAAUGAGGUGGGGGGUGAUGGGUUGAGCCGGCCCCUGCAGAUCAAUCUUUCCCUCGACGGGCCUCAUCGACCCCUCCAACCUGGAAGCUUCAGCAGCUACUCCUCCAACUCAGGUGGCCCAGAGUGGGUGCCACAAGUGCCAGGUACACCUGUGCUCUCCUCUUCGCCCACCCAUUCUUCCCUAGGCUACACAAGCCCCAUCCUCAGCCAGUACUCUGGCUCCAGUGGGCAUUUCUACCCCACAUUGGGCUCAACAGGAAUCAUCUAUCAUCGUGAGGGCACAGAGGUUUAAUCAGACAUUUGGGGGGGGAAGUUUGUUUUAAAAAAUGACUUUUCACUUGUCCGGUCACUUUAGUUUUUGAGAGGCUCUGAAAGACACAAAACACACACACACACACACACACACACACACACACACACACACACACACACACACACACACACACACACACUAUGUUUGUGCUGACUGAGACAGUGGAGAUCUCUAUAC